AUGAACUUUCUAAAAAAUCUGGGUAAUAUACUUCCAUCAAUGAAGAACAAUAAAAAUAAGAAGAAAUUAACAGAAAAAGAUUUUAGUGUUUUUACAAAAGCAAUAUAUGAAGAAAGAAAACGUCGUAAAAAAAGAUAUCAAGAAGAGGAAAGGAGAAAAAUUAGACAUGGAAAACAUCAAAAAUCUAAAAGACGUUUUAACAAAGAUAAAGGACCAGCAAAAAAUUCUUAUGUUCCUAGUAAUUUAGAAAGUAAAGAUAAUUUAGCAUCUCCAUUUCUAAAUCCACCAAAUGCACUUCUUCAACUUUGUAAAGAAAAAGUUUUAGAAACAAAAGUAGAUAAUGCAUGUACAAAAAAUAUCCCUGAAAAUGAUACUUCUAGUGUUAAUAAGGUUAACAAUAAUAGCUUAAGAGAAAAAAAACAUUAUAUACCAUCUAAUGAUAAAAUUGUAUCACAAUAUUGUAACGUUGCUCUUACAAAAUCUUCAAAUGUUAAUGUAGCAGUUCAUGAAACAUAUCGUAACAAUAAACCAUUAGUGUGUAAUGAUCCAAAAAAAAGCAAUAAAAAACCUAAUGAAUUACCAAAAGAAAAAAAUUUAAAAUUACCUCCAAAAUUAUUAUCCAAUGAUACAAAUAAAAAAAAGAAAAAUUUUGAUAGUCUUGGUGCAACUAAUACUGCUCCUACUUGCAAAACGAUAGAUAUAGUUCAUCCAUAUGCUAUUUUAAAUGUUAAGAAUGAUGUUUUCAAUAGUAAACUGACAUAUUUACACAAAGAAAAUAAUAAUAAUAACUGGAAUGUUUAUGAUAUUAAUGGUAUACCAUUUUGGGCACCAAAAUUAGAAAAUGAUGAUGACAAUACAGAUGACACAACACCAGAUUCAAUUCCUUUAGAUUCUUCAUCAUUAAUAGAUAUUGAACAAGGAAAGUUAGAAUUACCUGAAUGUAUAGAAGAACCACAAGACUUGAAUCCAUUUCAACCAUUAAGAGUAAUGAUAAAUAGAAAUUCUAAAUAUUUUGAAAAUAAACUUCUUUGUCUUAUAACAUUACGUUCAAUGGCUGCACUUCAUUUAAAAGAUAUGCCAAGUAAAACAGAUACAUCUACACUUCAAAGUAUAAGAUCUCCUAAUGUUGUUAUAACAGAUAAUCGUGAAUGUGUCUCCUAUUCAAAGUGGGUUCCAAAAUCUACUUUUAAAUGUAAAUAUACUGGUGAAAUUUGGCCUGUUAAACAUGUAAGUAAUGAAGAAAAAAAUUAA